GUCAACCUCAUUCAUGCAAAGGACUCUGCCGAGGUCGGCGCGGGCAAGACGCUGAUCGACAUUGUAAGGGCCGAGUGCCCGUCGCUAGCAGACCCGGAGCUGGCCAAGUUUGUGCCGUCAGCGAUGCUGCCCAACACGCACCUGAUGACAUGCUUCAACAGCAUCAAGGGCCAGUUCCAGCGCGUGCGGCUGGUCAAGUACGAGCGCGAGCUGAUCAACACCGAGGAUGGCGGCACAAUCGGCCUUGACUGGUCGCCGCCCUUCAGCGAGAUGCCUGAGGACGACCGCCCGAUUGUGCUUCUCUCACACGGCCUGUCGGGUGGAAGCCAGGAAGAGUACGUCCAGCAGACCGUCAAGAAGCUCACAUCGGCGCCGUACAACUUCCGCACGGUCGUUGUCAACUUCCGUGGCUGCGCCGGUGUGCCGCUGACCACACCAGUUCUGUACAACGCCGGGUUUACCUCGGACUAUGGAUUCGCAGUGGGCCACGUGCAAAAGCGGUUCCCCCAGUCAAAGCUGGUUGGGAUCGGCUUCUCGCUGGGCGCCAAUUUGGUCACAAAGUUUGCUGGCGAGCAGGGCGAGAGCUGUCCGCUCAAGGCGGUGGUCGCAGUGUGCAAUCCCUUCGAUCUGCACGAGUCGACUCUGUGCAUCGAAGCG